AUGCUCCGCUAUUACUUGCUAUGCCACCAUGGGCAAAUUCUCCUCUCUGAGCCUAUUUCCACAUCUGUAAAAUGGGUGGUGAGCCUGCCUCCCAGGUGCCAUGAGGGUUACCUGGGAGAAGGCAGGUGCUCAGUGCAUGCUGGAUUCCUCCCUUCCUUUACUAAGAUCCUGCCCUGUGCCCACACCUGGCAGCAUCCUACUGUGAAGCAGGCCAGAGAGUGGGCUUUGUUCUCAGGGAAUGUAAUGUCCUAUUGGGAGACAAUAAUACCUACCCUGCUUGGAACACCCUGGCAACCAUCUGAGGGAGAGGAGUGUGCAGAACGUGUCCCUGCUCAGGCCUGA